AUGCCCAAACACAAAGAAUAUACAAUUUUAUUACUUUCUCACGGUAUUUGGGAUGAAGGCUUGCAUUUUGCCAUAAUUGUCAUAUUAAAAGCGUGUGAAUUUAUUACUGAAGUAGUUCAAUCUAAUUCUGCUUUUGGUCCAUACCCCGGAUAUAUUUGUAAAUGUGGUGAGAUUCAAAGUGAUAUAUGCGAAACAGCAACAGUAGCUAUUUCUUCUGUAUAUCAUCAACUUUUCAAAACCAAAACAAAAUUUUCAGGUCCAGAAGUUCUAGGAUUUGAUAAAACAAUUAUUACAGAUGAAUUAUUAUCAGAUUUACUCUUUCACCCUUAUAAUUUUCAACUUGGGAUCCUUCGAAUUUGGAUAGUAAGAAUUGGCUCUAAUGAAAUUACAACUAAUUUAGCAGGCCCCGGAUUUAAAUCAGCCUUCAUAUAUCAAUAUAAUAAAAGUCGGGCUUUGUUUUUUCAAGAAAUUGAUAAAAAUCACUGCAGAGUAACAAUUUACUAUGAAUGCAAUGCAUGUAUAGACUUUAUUGAACAAAAUCUGGAUUUAGUUUGGUCAAAAAUUGGAAUCCUAUGGCAAUAUAAUAGAAAUCAACUUUUUGGAUUAACUAAUCAAUACACAAAAAACCUUAUACAAGCAGCUCAAAUCCUGUGGACUUCUGUUGCAAAUCUGAAUCCUAUUUGGGACAGAGGUAGUGGUAAUAAUACAUUACCUGGAAAUUCUAACUGGUUUGAGUGGCAAUGGCCAACAACGGGCGAAUUUUCCAGAUGUAUUAAAGCAUGGGAUAUUCCUGGUAUAGGUGAAUGGAAAAUUUUUACUAUAGCAGAAUUAGAUAAAUUUCGCAAAAAAGACAUUCAUAAGCCUACACCACAAGUAUUGACACAUACUACAUCUUCAUCAGAAUGGGAAAUGCUAAUGCCGAAUUCAUCACGUCUUAUUCCGAGUCGUCUUACAAGAGAAAGUCUAGUGAAAGAAUUAGAAAAACGAAACUUUAGGUUCAAUAAUAAAGAAAAUAAAGAUCAAUUGAUAAAUUUACUAGAAAACCAAUUGGUGGAAGAUACGAAGAAGGCAAAAAUAGCUCAUAACCAAACAAAUAGUAUAUCUAACAAAGAGAAUCGUCAUAUUUUUGAAGUGGACAAGUUUUCUCUAAAUUCGGGUUGGGCUCUUAAAGCAAAUCAAAAGUUUGAACGAAAGGGCACAUCACCUGAAAUUAGAGCGCUAUUAGAAGG